CGUUUUUAUUAUUAUUAUUAUAAAAGAUACAUUUGCAGAACAGCUAAGGGAGGAAGGAACGUGGAAAAAAAAAAGAAAGAAAAAAAGAGAGAGUAGGUGGCAGAAGACAGACAAUGGCAAAGCUAUGAAGUUUCUGGCUUGGUUGUCUACUGUGUUAAUGUAAAAGGCGCCAAAGAGAGAAAGCAAAUCGGGUUGUAAGUUCUUUUGAUAGUGGUUCAAAUUCUUUUGAUGAUGAGGAUGAAGAAGAGGAAAAGGAGAAGAGGAGAUGUAAGAGGAGGAAGAAGGAGAAGAGAAGAGAGCCAACUUUUGAGUCUCAUAGCAAUAAAGUUUUGCGCUGCGACGAGGUGAUUGUGGAAACUGAAUGCUCUGGAAUUCGCAAGAAGAAUGGUGAGAAUAAGAACAAUUCAUCCUCAACCCAGAAUAAUGUGUUUAAUCAUCAGCAAGAGAAAAUGCUACCAAAGGAUGCAGAUUGUGCUAGUGUUCUCUUUGGAGAACGCAAUAUGGAGGGUUGUUCUUCAGAAAAGAAUGAAGAUAAGGAAAAGAAUGUAUCCAAGAAACCGGUGGAGGUUUGUUCUUCAAAAAAGAAUGAAGAUAAGGAAGAGAAUGUAGCUAUGAAACCAGUGGAGGGUUCUUCAGAAAAGAAUGAAGAUAAGGAAAAGAAUGUAGCUAAGAAACCAGUGGAGGGUUGUUCUUCAAUGAAUGUGGCUAAGAAACCAGUGGAGGGUUGUUCUUCAAAGAAGAACGAAGACAAAGGAAACAAGGUGGCAAAGAAACCAAUGCCAGCGGGGAAUAGAGCACGGAAGAGAGUGGAAAGAACAGGAGAAAAUGUUGGUGCUGAUAUUGAAGCCUCUUCCCAAAAGCGUUCGCGUCCAUCCCCACCUGAGGAGGAUGAUUCAGAAAAGGAUGAAAAGAAACCGGUAAAACAGAAGGGUCGUGUAAGUGUGUCUGAUUUUGUGGCAAAGGACAAAGGGGACUCGCCGAUGAUCGAUGAAAGAGUGCAGAUGAAUGAUGAAAGAAUGGAGAGUGCAGAGGAAGAGAGGGAGAACAAGAAGGAAGGAGAGGCUGAAGGGAAGCAUAAGGCCGGGGCGGAUUGCGAAAGUAGUUACAAAGAUAGGGAGCAACAUAGAGUGACAACAAAUCCAUCUAGGCCAAAGGAGGCACCGUUGAUUGAACUUCUUGCUGAAUGCUUUCGGAUUAAUCAUUAUCCAGAUAAUGUUCAUAAGCAAGAUACAAUCUCAAAGGAAUCAGCUCUCAAUAUUCAGAGAAAAUUUUUUGUUCCAAAGAAAGUGCCAAUUGAAAAAACUGAAUCUGAGAAGGAGAGGGAUAUGUUGUGGGAAGAAAUGGAUGCUUUGCCCAGACUAGGUGAAGUUGACUCCUUGGUUGGCUGUCUUGAGACUGUCGAAACGCAACAGAACACGGAGGCUCCAGCAACCCAUUGUAAGCACAAGUUUGUCCAUGACGAAGAGACUGGAAUAUAUUGCAUACUCUGCCAUUGGAUGGUCAUAGACAUAAAAGGCAUGCCGGUACUCUUUGUGAGUGAGUAUCCAAGAGAAGGAUCAAGAAAGAAGCUGCUAUCUGAUGGGCCUAAUGGCUUAUGCUUUGAUGAUGCUCCAUUUGGUGUCCGAGAAGGUGGUUACUGUAACAAGGAAGGCACAGUUUGGGACCUGAUUCCAGCAGAUUCUAAGCAAAACCUGUAUGCUCAUCAGCUUGAAGGUUUUGAAUUCCUUUGGAAAAACUUGGCAGGAACCACGGAGCUUCCUAAAUUGAAGAGUUGUGACUCGAACAGCAGGGGUGGAUGCAUCAUUUCUCAUGCUCCAGGGACUGGAAAGACGCGGCUGACCAUCGUGUUCCUUCAGACAUACUUGGAAGUGUUUCCAGAUUGCCAUCCCAUGAUUAUUGCUCCUGAUAGCUUACUGCUAACUUGGGAAUAUGAGUUCAGAAAGUGGGACAAUGAGAUUCCGUUCCAUAAUUUGAGCAAUCAAGACACUUCAGGAAAAGAGCACCUAGCUGCAUGCAGCAAAGUUGGAGGGUCUACUCCAAGCCAGGAAGAUAUCCAGAUGAUGAAGCUGUAUUCUUGGUUCAAACAACCAAGUAUUUUUGGAAUCAGCUACAGGUUAUUUCAGAGGCUUACCGGCUUGAAGCGUGAUAGAAGCUUGAUAGUUCAGCUUUACUUGAAACAUAGUAAAGCAGAACUAUCAAAGACAAAUUGAGGUCCUCUUCUUUUUUUGCUGAGAUGAGUAACCAGUUCCUGCUUUAUGUAAAAUGCAUCACUGUCUCUUCAAUAAUAAGUUUCAAACUUCACUUUCACCCAACAAUGGUAGUGAAGGUGGAUUACAGCAAAAUCACAACUUACAUAAAGUCAAAACAAAAGAAAAAGAAUAUGGAAAUAGCUCAAGAAGUAGGACAAUAUGGUUUCCCCCUUCAUCAUGUUGUCAUGGAGAAAUUAGCAGCAGGUUCCCUAUGCAGGUGUGAGACUACAGCAGAUUCUUAGUGCAGGGAGGUAAUUAUGGAUUAAUCUUAAAGUGUGAUUGUCAGAGUCAUUGGUCUUGGUUUACUUUUGCAACUGAAGAUGAAGGGGGAAACUAUAUUGUCCUACUUCUUGAGCUAUUUCCAUAUUCUUUUUCUUUUGUUUUGACUUUAUGUAAAUUGUGAUUUUGCUGUAAUCCACCUUCACUACCAUUGUUGGGUGAAAGUGAAGUUUAAAACUUAUUAUUGAAGAGACAGUGAUGCAUUUUACAUAAAGCAGGAACUGGUUACUCAUCUCAGCAAAAAAAGAAGAGGACUUCAAUUUGUCUUUGAUAGUUCUGCUUUACUAUGUUUCAAGUAAAGCUGAACUAUCAAGCUUCUAUCACGCUUCAAGCCGGUAAGCCUCUGAAAUAAACUGUAGCUGAUUCCAAGAAUACUUGGUUGUUUAAACCAAGAAUACAGCUUCACCAUCUGGAUAUCUUCCUGGCUUGGAGCAGACCCUCCAACUUUGCUGCAUGCAGCUUGGUGCUCUUUUCUUGAAGUGUCUUGAUUGGUCAAAUUAUGGACUAUGUUUCCAGUAAAGAACAAAAGGCAACCAACCAAGUCCAUCAAAUUACCACCAUUAUUGCGCCUAAAUUAGCAUUUGACAAGAAUGAACUGAACAACAGCAUUUUUGCAUUAUUAUUUUUCUGGCUCAAGCAUUCUCUUUUCUUCGUAAAUAGAAUGUAGAAGCUAACCAUGACGUUUGGGAGAAUGUAAAUUCUUUCAUCAAAUGAAAAACAUUCCUUUAUAUAUGCUGUCUUCCAUA